AUGUUCGUCAAAUCUGAGACCUUGGAGUUGAAGGAGGAAGAGGACGUGCUGGUGCUGCUCGGCUCGGCCUCCCCCGCCUCGGCGGCUCUCACCCCCCUAUCUUCCAGCGCCGACGAGGAGGAAGAGGAGGAGCUGGGCGCGUCGGGCGGGGCGCGUCGGCAGCGUGGGGCCGGGGCCGGGGCCGGGGCCGGGGCGCGGGCUGGCUCGCCGGGAGAGGCCGAGGGCUGCCGGCCAGCGCGGCUGCUGGGUCUGGUGCACGAGUGCAAGCGGCGCCCCUCCAGGGCGCGGGCCGUUUCUCGCGGAGCCAAGACGGCCGAGACGGUGCAGCGCAUCAAGAAGACCCGUAGAUUGAAGGCCAACAACCGCGAGCGCAACCGCAUGCACAACCUCAACGCGGCGCUGGACGCGCUGCGUGAGGUGCUCCCCACGUUCCCCGAGGACGCCAAGCUCACCAAGAUCGAGACCCUGCGUUUCGCCCAUAACUACAUAUGGGCGCUCACCGAGACACUGCGCCUGGCUGACCACUGCGGCGGCGGCGGCGGCGGCCUGCCGGGGGCGCUCUUCUCCGAGGCCGUCUUGCUGAGCCCCGGAGGCUCUAGUGCCGCCCUGGGCAACAGCGGAGAUAGCCCUUCGCCUGCCUCCACGUGGAGCUGCACGAACAGCCCCGCGCCGUCUUCCUCCGCCUCCUCCAACUCCACCUCUCCCUACAGCUGCACUUUAUCUCCUGCCAGCCCGGCGGGUUCAGACAUGGACUAUUGGCAGUCCCCACCUCCCGACAAGCACCGCUACGCACCUCACCUGCCCAUAGUCAGGGACUGUAUCUAG